AUGUCUCAGUCUCUAAUAUCGAAGAAACGAAAAGAAUUCCUUGGCCUUUCUGCGCCUUUGGGAUAUGUUGCUGGUGUUGGUCGUGGUGCAACUGGCUUCACAACACGGUCUGAUAUCGGUCCAGCUCGAGAAGCCACCGAUGUUUCUGACGAACGACACAUGGCCCCGUCCAAACGGAAAAAGGAACAGGAGAAGGAAGAGGAAGCAGAAGAGGAUCUUAAUGAGUCUAAUUAUGAUGAGUUCACGGGAUAUGGUGGUAGCAUCUGUUCGAAGGACCCCUACGAGAAGGACGAUGAAGAAGCCGACGAGAUAUAUGCUUCGAUUGACGAAAGGAUGGAUGAACGACGCAAAACCUACAGGGAGAAGCGUGAGGCUGAAGAAAUUGAACGUUAUCGUCGGGAACGGCCAAAAAUCCAACAGCAGUUCAUCGACCUGAAACGCGAACUGGCUACCGUUUCAGAAAGUGAGUGGCUUAGUCUGCCUGAAGUUGGGGACUCUCGCAACAGGCGUCAGAGAAACCCACGGGCUGAGGUCUUCACUCCUGUGCCCGAUAGCAUUAUAGCGAAAGGUCUACAAGAUUCGCAAAUAAAUACGCAGCUGGACUCGGCAGAGCAGCUCUUUGGUGGACUAACGACACCUUUUGGUGCUCAAACACCUACGGGAGACAUCGAUAUGAAGAAAAUUGGCCAAGCGCGUACCUCCUUAAUGGACAUCAAGUUGAAUCAGGUGUCGGACAGUGUAUCCGGUCAGACGGUGGUGGACCCAAAGGGUUACCUAACAGACCUACAAUCAAUGAUCCCUCAGUAUGCCGGCGACAUCAACGACAUGAAGAAGGCUCGUCUGCUGCUCAAGUCAGUGCGUGAAACCAACCCAAAACACUCACCAGGUUGGAUCGCAUCGGCUCGUCUCGAAGAGAUUGCCGGCAAAUUGCAGGUUGCACGGAACCUGAUAAUGCGUGGCUGUGAAAAGUGUCCCACCUCGGAAGAUGUGUGGUUGGAAGCGGCUCGCCUCUGCCCCCCGGAUCAAGCUAAAUCGGUCGUCGCGCAGGCCAUCACCCACCUGCCGCAGGCUGUCCGCCUCUGGGUCAAGGCGGCUGAUUUGGAGACAGAGCCCAAAGCCAAACGGACCGUCUUUAAAAAGGCCUUGGAGAAUGUGCCGAAUUCAGUGCGUCUGUGGAAGUUGGCGGUUGAGCUGGAGGACGAGGAGGACGCCCGCGUGAUGCUGAGUCUCGCCGUGGAGUGCUGUCCCACGUCGGCGGAGCUCUGGCUUGCACUGGCGCGUCUCGAAACCUACGAGCAGGCUCGUGUGGUGCUGAACAAGGCCCACGAGCAGAUCCCCACGGAGCGACAGAUUUGGUUUGCGGCAGCUCGCUUAGAGGAAGCCAACGACCAGUGCGCGAGAGUCGGCAAGAUAAUCGACGCGGGUGUACAGUCGCUCAAGGCUAACAUGGUGGAAAUUAAUCGGGAGGAGUGGAUUAAGGAGGCAGAGGAAUGCGAAAAGGCCAAAUCCAUACUUACAGCCCAGGCAAUUAUAAAAGCCAUAAUUGGACACGGCAUUGAAGAACAGGACAAAAAGCACACUUGGUUGGCCGACGCAGAGUCGUGCGCAGCAAAUGGAGCGAUUGAAUGUGCCCGAGCGAUCUACGCUGUGGCGCUGGCCCAAUUCCCGAAGAAGAAGAGCAUCUGGUUGCGGGCCGCUUACUUUGAGCGCAAUCACGGCACCAGGCAAACUCUGGAGGAGUUGUUGGAGCAGGCCGUCAUGCACUGCCCCCACGCUGAGAUUCUUUGGCUCAUGUCUGCAAAGUCAAAGUGGCUUGCGGGGGACGUUCCUGCCGCGCGUUCAACACUCGCCAACGCCUUCCAGGCAAACCCCAACUCCGAGGAGAUAUGGCUGGCCGCGGUGAAACUGGAGUCGGAGAACUCGGAGUACGCUCGCGCCAGACGCCUCCUUGCCAAGGCCCGGGCCUCUGCUCCGACGGCGCGCGUCUGGAUGAAGUCGGCGCGUCUCGAGUGGUGCUUGGGGGAGUUGGCGGCUGCCGAGGAGAUGCUAUGCGAGGGCUGUACAAAGUACCCACAGGCGCCCAAGCUGCACAUGAUGAAAGGCCAGCUGGCAGAGCUAAUGGCUGAAAAUCACCCCGAAGAACGCGAUAAAUUCAUCGGGGAUGCACGCAACGCCUAUCAAGCGGGCACUAAACAAAUUCCCACAAGCGCCGUUUUGUGGACCCUGCUCUCGAGGCUCGAGGAGAAGACCGGAAAUAUGACUAAGGCCCGCUCCAUCCUCGAAAAGGGUCGAUCGAAGAACCCCAAGGAACCUAAUCUUUGGUUGGAAUCAAUCCGGUUGGAGAUGCGAGCGAAUUUGAAGCCCGUUGCCGACUCACUCCUGUCGAAGGCCCUGCAGGAGUGCCCAGACUCUGGCUGUUUAUGGGCGGAAGCAAUCUUUAUGGCGACCCGUCCUCAACGAAAAAUGAAGUCCGUUGACGCCCUCAAGAAGUGCGAACACGACCCUGUCGUCCUGUUGGCAGUUUCCAAGAUGUUCUGGGCAGAACGACUCAUUUCAAAGGCUCGAAGUUGGUUCACGCGAACAGUCAAAUUGGAAUCUGACUUUGGUGACGCAUGGGCAUACUUCUACAAGUUUGAACUGCUGCAUGGAACUGAAGAUCAACAGAAGGAUGUUCUUAGGCGUUGCGUCGCAGCGGAGCCACGUCAUGGGGAAGCUUGGUGUCGAAUUAGCAAGGACUUUCGGAAUUGGCGGUUGCGGACUGUCGAUCUCCUGCCUCUGGUUGCCGAGUCCCUACCGCUUCCCGUGUGA